GUAUCGUGAAGGUGAAGGUGAACAAAGAAAGUUGUGGCAUUUGUAAGCGAAGGUUUCUUCUCGGUGCAAGCCGAACGGUGAUUGAAUCGUGGUUACAUUACGGCUUGCAUCACAUCUCAAUUCACUGUAUAUGUGAAAGCAGCUAACACGCUUGGUAGGUGAUGCUAUUGAUACCGGUAAACGGUACCGAACGAAGUCAAAAUAAAUCACAGAAGCGAAUGUAGACGUCUCUCUAUCGCUCGGAGCGCCUGCACAGUCCGUUAUUCGAAUGCAAUCGAGUGCAGCUGCGAGGCGUAUCGCACAACCACAGCUGGCCGAUCAGCUGCUAGUGAGUGAUUAAAUUUAUUCGAAACCUCACCCCGGAACCAACGCCAACAACUAAGCCGCAACGUACCGUACGGUUUAGGGGAGUCAAGUGACAACGCGAAGCUGCGAGUUUCGAUUUGCAUAAGAUUGUAGUGCACCAUCCUGCAGGACUAGAACUGUGGUAGAGCGUGGAGCGUAUGGCGCACCGUCUAUGCAUUGGCCACUGGUUGUGGUUUCCUUUGAUGCUGACAUUGAUGGUGAGUGCAGACUCCGAUGAUGGACCGAGCGUACACGACGACAACGGUGGUUCGUGGUGGCAGCGCACGGUGUUCUAUCAAAUCUAUCCCCGCUCGUUCAUGGACUCGAACGGUGACGGUGUAGGGGAUCUGCGGGGUAUCCGGGAUCGUCUGGCGCACCUGAAGGAUGCCGGCAUCGGUGCCACCUGGCUAUCGCCCAUCUUUCUCUCGCCGAUGGUCGACUUUGGUUACGACAUUACGGAUUACACCGUCAUCCAGCCCGAGUACGGUACGAUGCAGGACUUUGAGGAGCUGAUGGCCGAAGCACGGCGCCUCGACAUCAAAAUCAUUCUCGACUUCGUCCCGAACCACACGAGCGAUCAGUGUGAGUGGUUCCGGCGUUCGGUUGCCCGAGAACCGGGCUACAGCGACUACUACGUGUGGCAUGAUGGACGCGAGGAUCCUUCCGGUGCUAAUGGGACCCGUUUACCGCCGAAUAAUUGGCAAUCGGUGUUUUAUGGUUCCGCUUGGACGUACCACCCGGAAAGGGGCCAGUACUACCUGCACCAGUUUACGGCCCAGCAGCCGGAUUUGAACUUUCGCAAUCCGGCCGUAGUCGAGGAGAUGAAGCAGGUGCUACGGUUCUGGUUGCGCAAGGGUGUGGCCGGCUUUCGCAUCGACGCCAUAAACCAUCUGUUCGAGGUGGAGGAUUUUCGGGAUGAGCCGGAAACGGGCACUGACCGGGAUCCGCUUUCGUACGGCUUUACCCAUCACAUCUACACGAAGGAUUUGCUCGAGGAUUACGAUAUGGUGUACCAGUGGAGAGAGUUACUGGACGAAUGGUCUCGGGAACACCCUGAAGAUGAGGCGCGCAUUAUUAUGACGGAGGCGUACGCCAACAUUACCUUCACGAUGCGUUACUAUCACUCGGUGGCAGCCGAAGGUAAUGGGCCUCCAAGGGCCGGUUCUCAUAUGCCGUUCAACUUUCUGCUGAUCACCGACCUGAACCGCGAUGCCAGCGCACCGGACUUUGUGUUCACGAUCAACAAAUGGCUCACGUACAUGCCCCGUGAUGCAACAGCCAACUGGGUGCUGGGCAAUCACGAUCAACCACGCGUCGGUAGCCGUUUCGGGACGGAAAGGAUCGAUGCGAUGCACACGCUGGUACUAACGCUGCCCGGCAUUGCGGUCACGUACUAUGGCGAGGAGAUUGGUAUGGUCGACUAUCGGGAUGCAAUCGCUACUGGACCAUCGCAGCGGGAGGAUGACGGCGGUGAGGCGUUCAUCGUGUUUUCCCGUGAUCCCGAGAGGACGCCCUUUCAGUGGGAUGAUACAACGAAUGCAGGUUUCUCGGUCGCUCCCAGCACCUGGCUGCCGGUGAAUCCGAACUAUCGCGAGCUAAACCUGGAGGCACAGAAGCGCGCCGAAAGAAGUCACUACAAAACGUACCAGGAGUUGGUCCGGUUGCGACAGCAUGACACGUUCCGGCGUGGCUCGAUACUGCCGGUGCCCUACUCGAAUGACGUGCUGACGUACGUUCGGGAGCUGCAAGGAAGUGACACGUUCGUGGUCGUGAUCAAUUUGGCUGCCAGCCCAAGGACCGUCGAUUUGAGUGCCAUUUUCCCAAGACUAGCGGAGCAGCUGACGAUUGCUUCAAGUGGCUCUACCUCAAGCUAUCGCAUAGGCGAUAUCGUCAGGACGAACCAGCUGCUAGUGGAUGGGAACGAUGGUUUGGUUCUACGCAGCAUCCACGUUCCAGAAAGGCAACGCGUCGGUGGUUCCGCGCGGCGAGCUACUACGAAUGUCCUUUGGAGUGCGGCAAAGGACGCUGCAGUAAUUGCGUCCAUCAUAAUUGCAGUCGGCACCAGCUACUAUCACUUCCGUUUCUGCCCACCAGCAACCACGCUAUUCAUUCGCGGAGGCAGCAAUGAUGGCGAUGGGAAUGGUGACCUACGGGGGCUGCUGGAGCGGUUCGACCAUCUGGUCGAUCUCGGCGUCACGGGUAUCUGCUUGGGUCCACUGUUCCUUUCGCCGAUGCGUGACGAUGGGCACGAUGUGUCAGACUACCGCAGCAUCGAUCCACGCUACGGUACGCUGGACCAGUUUAAGGAAUUGCUCGAGAAAGCACACGGCCACGGUAUCAAGGUGGUGCUGGAUCUCGUCCCAAACCAUACGAGCGACGAGCACGAGUGGUUCCAGAAGAUGUUGGAAGAGAAUCCCACCUACCGUGAGUACUACAUCACGCGUGAGGGUGUCGUGGGUUCGGAUGAGCAGCGGGAGCCACCUAACAAUUGGCGCUCGCUGUACCACAGGGCAGCCUGGUCUCAGCUCGCUUCCGAUGGUCCAUACUACCUUCAUCAGUUCGAUGAAUCGGAACCCGAACUGAACUAUCGCAAUGCGAAGGUGAAGCACGAGAUGGAGGGCAUCAUCCGUUUCUGGCUCGACACCGGUGCCGAUGGGUUGCGGUUCGAGAAGGUCGACCAUCUGCUGGAGGACCGACUGUACCGGAACGAACCGUUACUAGAUCCCGAAGGGCCAGUUACUUACGAGAAUAUGCAGCACAAUUACACACGUGACCUGAACGAAAACUACGUCAUCGUAUUCGAGUGGCGCACUGUGUUCGAUGAGUACACCGCCGCCAGCGCUGCAACCGGUAAUGACGCCAGCAAGCUCAUGAUAACGGCGGCCUAUGGUAGCAGUUUAGCGAACAGCCUGAAGUGGUUCGCCAUCGGCAGUCGCAAUGGGGCCCACAUUGCGCAGAACUUUGCAUUCGCUGAACGGCUGCGUGAUGAUUGGCGAGCCGAAGAGCUGCAAACACUCGUCGACGGGUGGCUCAAUGAGAUGCCACCGACCGGGAAGGCAAACUGGGCGCUGGGAAGUCAGAAUCAUCGAAGAGUAGCUUCCCGAUUUGGCCGGGAGCGGGCCGCAGGAUUGGCUAUGCUUUCCCUUACCCUGCCCGGUACCGUGUUCGUGUAUUACGGUGAAGAGAUAGGAAUGGAGGACAAUGAGCAUAUCGGAUGGACGGAAUCAGUCGAUCCGCUUGGUUGUAAUACGAACGAGAGCAGCUAUCUGCAAUACUCGCGAGAUCCUGCCCGUACACCGUUCCAGUGGGAUGCCAGUAACGAGUGGGCCGGAUUUGCCGACACACCGCUCGGAACACCGAAGGCCGACGCCCCUGGUCCUUGGUUACCGGUGCAUCCGAACUAUCGCGAGUGCAAUCUGGCGCUAGCGAAGGCUUCCAACCGCUCACUGUAUCACCUGUACCGGGGUCUUAUCCGGUUACGACAGGAAUCGAGUGUCUUCGCCCGGGGAGCGUAUCGGUCAUUCGUGCUGCCGAACAAUGUGUUUGCAAUACUACGAUCGCAGGGUACCGAUAAGGUGUACGGGACGGUGAUGAACGCGAAUCCGCACACGGUAACGCUCGAUCUGACGCAAGUGUACGGACAUACCAGGGGAGCGUUGGUUGCCUUCGUAUCGCCGGAAGGUAACCAUGAGCCCGGAGAGCUGAUCCUCGAUGUGACGCACGUAACGCUCGCACAAUACGAAACGAUCGUCGUGGAGCUCAAGUCAGGAGCUCCGGAGUGUACGAACGGUUUCUCUAGCACGAUGCGGUUGACGGUGAGCUUGCUGGUGGUGAUCGCCCUUGGUGUCCUAGGAGUGGCCAGUGGAAAGACGGCACCGAGCCGACAGUCGCACGAUCACGGCUCACAGGACUGGUGGGAGGCGGGAGUGUUUUAUCAGAUCUAUCCGCGUUCGUUCAAGGACAGUGACAGUAAUGGUGUCGGCGAUCUGAAGGGUAUUACGGAGAAGCUCGGCCAUUUGGUCGAUCUUGGUAUCGAUGGUGUGUGGUUGAGCCCGGUGUUCAAGUCACCGAUGGCCGAUUUCGGUUACGACAUCGCAGACUUUCGCUCCAUCGAUCCCCUGUUCGGUACGAUGGCAGAUCUGGACGCUAUGAUCGCAAAGGCGAAAGAGCUGGGCAUCCGGGUGAUACUGGACUUCGUGCCGAACCAUACGAGUGACGAGCACGAGUGGUUCGUGAAGGCACAGAACAAUGAUCCCGCUUUCCGUGACUUUUACGUGUGGCGUGAGCCGAGGGGAAACGCCGAGCCCAACAAUUGGCAAUCGGUGUUCCACACGCCCGCUUGGACGAGACUGCCAGGUCAAACCCAGUACUAUCUCCAUCAGUUCGAUAAGAAGCAACCGGAUCUGAACUACCAAAACCAGCGUGUGAAGGACGAGAUGGAGUCGAUGAUUCGGUUCUGGCUCGACAAGGGUGUCGAUGGUUUCCGCAUCGAUGCGAUCAACCACGUGUACGAGGAUCCCCAGUUUCGCGAUGAGGAGCUGAUCGAUCCAAAAGGUGAGCUGAUUUGGGAGAAUCUGGACCACAAGUACACCCAGAAUCUGCCCGAAUGCUACGAUCUGAUCUACGAUUGGCGCGAUGUGUUCGAUCAGUACAAGGCGCGGGACAAUGUAACGCGUCUGAUGAUGACGGAGGCGUACGCUAACCUGGAGCAGACGAUGCUGUGGUAUGGCAACCCGACACGGAACCGUAAGGGUGCCCACAUUCCGUUCAACUUCGCCAUGAUCAACCGUCUGUCGAAUGAUUCGCGGGCGGGCGACUUCAAGGAGAUCAUCGACGAGUGGCUGGAUGCGAUGCCGGCCGGUCAGCAGGCUAACUGGGUGCUCGGUAAUCAUGACCGUCCCCGUAUCGCUUCCCGGUUCGGUCGUGACAGGGCUUCCAGUUUUGCAGUGCUCGAGAUGACACUGCCCGGUAUUGCCGUGGUGUACUAUGGUGAGGAGAUCGGUAUGGAGGACAACCGAGACAUCACGUUCGAGGAGACGAAGGAUCCACAGGCGGCCAAUACGAACCCGGACGUUUACCAGCAGUUCACUCGCGAUCCCGUACGUACUCCAUUCCAGUGGGAUGAUACGGCAUAUGCCGGUUUCACGAGCGCAACGGCAAGGGACACCUGGCUACCGGUACAUCCCAACUAUCGGCAGCUUAAUCUUGCGGCGCAAAAGGCCGCACCGGAGAGCAUGUUUAAGCUGUACCAGCGUUUGAUUAAGCUGCGCAAGGAAGACACCUUCCGGCAUGGUGACUACGAGUCGAAGGUGAUGCUGAACAAUGUGUUCGGUUACACGCGCACCCUCGAAGAUCAUCAAUCGUACGCGGUGGUGGUCAAUCUGAACGAUAAUGAUGUGAACGUGAACCUGCAGGAGCUACACGCCGAUGUGGAGGGAGCCAAGGUUGUGCUCACGUCGCUCGGUGCCAAGCUGAAGGAAGGUGACGAGAUAACGGAAGUGUUCCACGUUAUCGUCGGUGCGUACGAUGCGGUUGUCUUUGAGAUUUCAUCGUCUGCCAGUACGCUCGGAGUGUCGAUGUUGCUGAUGCUGUUCGCCUCCAUCCUGCGUUCCCUGUUCUAGUUUAGGCGUGCGCUUUAACUUAUUUCCCCCCAAACGUUGUUCUAUAGAACGUACAUUCCAUUAAACUAGAAUUGUAAAUUGUAUCAUGUAUGGAUUUGUGUGGUAAUGCUAGCGCUAUGAAUUCGGGUCCAAUGAAGAGAAUGAUCCGAAAGUUAUCAAACGGAGUGCUCGAUCAAAUCCGACCAACCAAUAGCACCAAUAGCGAGCGGAUAAGAUUUCGUCCCCCAGCAAAAAAAGCGGUUUCAGUCUGUUCAUAGCGCUCCCUAUUGGCAAUCAAUCGAUUGCUAGGAAGGUACGGGGAAAGCGAUAAGAUUAAUGCGGCAAUCAAUAGUCGUUGAUUGCUUUUCAGACACUCUUUGGCCGGUUUGGCUCGAUUUAGCUCGUCAAAUGCACGCUGACAGUAUCCCAAGUGGCUCUCAUAAUGCCGUUGUAAUCAGAUUGGACCUCCCCCCUCC